AUUCAGAAACGCGGUGAGAGGGAGACAUGAUGUAAAUCUCUCAGCUCCUUAAAAUUCUCCUUUCUUUCGCUUUCUCUUUCGAACCCUAGAUUGUUCAACGUUUCUUGUUUGACUCAUUGAGAUCAAAUCCAUUUUCCUUUCUUCUUAAUUCUUCUUGAUAAUAAUGUGUCCGUUGAGAUUCCUGUUGGUGUUCUUCUCUGCGGUUCUCGCCGGAUAUUUCGCGUGGAAGACGGUGAGCUCUUCGCCUGAAAUCUUCUCAGAAGACGACGACGGCUCACCGGUCGAAUUGAAUGAGAAACAAGGACUCUGUUCCAAAAAGGAGAUGGAGAAGGGGUUCUGGGUGUUCGUCGACAUGGCCAGCGGGAAAUACCUUUGGAGGAAUCUCAAGCUGAUGAGCGAGAAAGCGAUUUAGUUCAAAAUGAUUUCGAUCUCUUCCUUGUGCAGAAAGUUAAAGAAGAAGGUUCAUAUUAUAUGCUUAGAUGAGUUCAUAAAGUAACCCUCUGUUUUUGUUCUAAUACUCACCCUGAUUUUUUUUUUGUAAUUUUGAUACUUGUGUGUUGUAAAUCUGGCAACAAAAUUAAUCAAAAGUUUGUAACUUUCAACCAAUCUCUUCUCUUUUCCUAUUCAAUCAUCAGAUCAUAAAAAAUUGCAAUAAACAACCAAAUAUACAGCAUGUGCGUCUUAAUUAUUUUCAUUUUUGCGUCGACUUGGAGCUUGAUUAUUGACAUGUAGAGGAGGGUGAGCAUGCCUAGCUAAAUUGGAGCUAACCCAUAUAGCCACUACCACAAGAUUACAAGAACCACCACACU